CGGUGACUCAGUGGGUUAAAGGCAAUUUAUUACUAGUGUCAUGGAAGCAACGUGGGGUGCUUGCAUCACACAGCUAAAAAGAUGUCGGGAAACGGUCGUGUCGUAUUGAAUUUAAACCCACUGUUAGAAGUAUAUUCAGUCACUGUACUAUUCAUCGGAAUGCAGGCAGCCUUUUCCAUCUUUAACUGCAUAGUCAAAAAGCAAGUUUCUUGCUGGGACGAGCGAAACCUCAGGUCCGUGAUCGCAACGUUUCUUCUUCUUUGCUUGAUCGUGUACUCGGUGCACCGCUUCUUCUUUGGUCACCUGAUUCUGCAAAGUUUGUCAUUCACAACUUACAGCUUCGAUGAACUGAGCUUAUGGACUGUGUUCGUUGUGGUCUAUGCCAUCGGAAUUACGGAUUAUGUCAUCUCAUACGUCGCCAUGGCAACCAAGUGCGUGGUCAUCGCUCUUCCAAGAGCUUGCCUGAGCUUCGAAAGAAGAGGUCGAUUCUUCCAGUUCAUUGAAAGUCUUUAUCAGCUCUACCAGUUUUUGAUCCCCCUUCCUCUCUGGAUAUCAUUUGUAUCAGACAGCACCGGCUUGUACUGGUUUAUCGGUGGUGUGUUGGGCUCAUUGUAUGUCAUUUGGAAGCUCUUCGAGACGUAUCACAAGCUUUGCAAGUGUAAAGCUUUUUUUAAAAGUAUCUUGCAACAUUCGCCUUACGGUAGUCGGCCUAGUUACGAGCGUAUGCAAGAAGAACAGACGUGUCCCAUAUGCCUAGAUAACUUCAGUAAUCCAGUUGAGAUACCCUGCAUGCACAUCUUCUGUGAGGAGUGUGUGACCAGAUGGUUUGACACCGGUAAAAACACCUGUCCGAUUUGCAUGGCCAGGGUUGCAUACAGUCGCGAGUGGCGGGAUGGUUCCACAUCCAACAACUUUCCCUGGUUCUGAUAUCUGGCUUGCUGACCUUACACGAUAACAGAUGAACAAAGGAAGGAAUUUUGUUUCCUGUCUUUUUAUAAAAAAUGAAAGAUUUCUUAGAAUGCGUUCACAGGCGCGCACACAAAGACUGUAUAAAAACAAAUACACACGACACUGAAUAAAGAACAGCCAACACUGAGACGGUGAGAUGGGAUGUAGAAAGGGGAGGGUCGGGGAGGGGGAGGUGGGGAGAAAACUAAAAAUGGGACCAUGGGGAGUGAAAAAGAAAAGGAAGGAGAGGUCUGUAGGUAAGGAAAGUAAUGUGCACAGGCCUAAGGAAGGGAAGGCUGGGGGGGUAGGGAGGGCUUUGAGAGGAAGGAAGGGGUGGGAAGAACCAAGGACAGAAAAGGGAUGGUAGAGGCCAGAGAAAAGGAAGGGGACGGGGCCUCGGCGGAAAGGAAAGAGGAAAGUGGGGAAUAAAACUCAAAUCCAACAAUCUCAAGACAUUGCGACUUAACUGCUGUUCUUGGAAGGCAUUGAGCGAAUUUGCCCCAAACACAUCGCACAUCCCAUAUAACGGCGGUUGUGGGUGGACGAAAUUCUGGAGACAAAACCCUGCUUAGUCGCCUUAACAUGGCCCCGAAGUUAAGACACACUAGAUUUGGUUGCUACUAGUAGCAGUCUCAGUUUGAUGAACAAGAAUAGAUAUAUAAUUAAAAAGGUAAGAAAAAGAAAUUGUGGAUGUGUUUGUAUGAAUAUGUUUGCACAAAACUUGUGAAGGCAGAGUUUUGUAUAUUGCUUGAGGUAUCAGCUGAGAAUUCAUCAGGACACUAUAGAAAAAUUUAAGGUGCCAGGUGUGGACUGCUUCAAUACAUUUAGAAUAUAUCUUAGGAUACAGCAGGAGAACUGGGGAAGGAACUCUCCCCUCCCCCAUCUCGCUUGUACAAAUAUUUCGACGUCUAGAGACUAGGUAACGAAUGGGAACCAGUCUAGCACAUUUGUUAAAGGAACCUUUCCAUAGACAUUUUCUCGGGGUGUCAUGUACACGUACAUGUAUGCGGAAGUGGCAGAGAGUGUUCAUGUACACAGUAAAUGGUGCGGAACAUGUAGGCUCCCAACACCUAAUGAGUACCUGGCUAACGACACUUGGUGAUGACAAACACCGGUCUUUUUUAUCCACAGACAUAAUUAUAAACGCAUGACCGGAAGAGCGCAUUCCAAACCGUCAUGGACAUUCUGUGAUCUGUGCGGCACCCGAUGGGCAAAUUAACAUUGCGCUAUGGUCUUCAAACUGGACAAAGACACAAAUGCAUGAAGCAAGAUAUGGGACGGAGAGCGCCCCCUCCCCAUUUUUAUGUUGGUUAUUGUUUGAUCGGAAUCGCAUGAAUUCUUCACAGACAGAGUGUGUAUAGGUAUUGGACAUGUAAAGGGGGUACCCCUCCGUCCCAUAUCUUGUUGGGUAGAACGAAAUGCAUGAGUAGACUGGUUCCCGUUCCGUACGUAGUCUCCAGACGUCGUACAGACGUCCUGCGAACUUAUACAUGUAUGUACUG